AUGGAACUCUUCCAGCUCCUUGCUUAUGGAACUCUCUUCCAGCUCCUUGCUUAUGGAACUCUCUUCCAGCUCCUUUGCUUAUGGAACUCUCUUCCAGCUCCUUUGCUUAUGGAAUUCUCUUCCAGCUCCUUGCUUAUGGAACUCUCUUCCAGCCCUUUGCUUAUGGAACUCUUCCAGCUCCUUGCAUAUGGAACCUCUUCCAGCUCUUUUGCUUAUGGAACUCUUUCCAGCCCUUAUGGAAUUCUCUUCCAGCUCCUUGCUUAUGGAACCCUCUUCCAGCUCCUUUGCUUAUGGAACUCUCUUCCAGCUCCUUGCUUAUGGAACUCUCUUCCAGCUCCUUGCUUAUGGAACUCUUCCAGCUCUUUGCUUAUGGAACUCUCUUCCAGCCCCUUUGCUUAUGGAACUCUCUUCCAGCUCCUUGCUUAUGGAACUCUCUUCCAGCUCUUGCUUAUGGAAUCCUCUUCCAGCUUGCUUAUGGAACUCUCUUCCAGCUCCUUGCUUAUAGAAACUCUCUUCCAGCUCCUUGCUUAUGGAACUCUCUUGGAACUCUCUUCCAGCUCUUUGCUUAUGGAACUCUCUUCCAGCUCCUUGCUUAUGGAACUCUUCCAGCUCCUUGCUUAUGGAACUCUCUUCCAGCUCCUUGCUUAUGGAACUCUCUUCCAGCUCUUGUUUAUGGAACUCUCUUCCAGCUCCUUGCUUAUGGAAUUCUCUUCCAGCUCCUUGCUUAUGGAACUCUCUUCCAGCUCCUUGCUUAUGGAAUUCUCUUCCAGCUCCUUUGCUUAUGGAACCUCUUCCAGCUCCUUGCUUAUGGAAUUCUCUUCCCGCUCCUUUGCAUUAUGGAACUCUUCCAGCUCCUUGCUUAUGGAAUUCUUCCAGCUCCUUGAUGGAAUUCUCUUCCAGCUCCUUGCUUAUGGAACUCUCUCUUGCUUAUGGAACUCCUUCCAGCUUUGCUUAUGGAACUCUCUUCCAGCUCCUUGCUUAUGGAACCUCUUCCAGCUCCUUUGCUUAUGGAACUCUCUUCCAGCUCCUUGCUUAUGGAAUCUCUUCCAGCUCCUUGCUUAUGGAACUCUCUUCCAGCUCCUUGCUUAUGGAACUCUCUUCCAGCUCCUUGCUUAUGGAACUCUCUUCUCCUUGCUUAUGGAACUCUCUUCCAGCUCCUUUCUUAUAAAACUCUCUUCCAAAAUUCUUCCAGCUCCUUGCUUAUGGAACUCUCUUCCAGCUCCUUGCUUAUGGAACUCUCUUCCAGCUCCAGCUUAUGGAACUCUCUUUCCUUGCUUAUGGAAUUCUCUUCCAGCUCCUUGCUUAUGGAACUCUCUUGCAGGAACUCCUUUAUGGAACUCUUCCAGCUCCUUGGAACUCUCUUCCAGCUCCUUGCAUAUGGAAUUCUCUUCAGCUCUUUGCUUAUGGAACUCUCUUCCUUAUAAAAUUUCUUUGCUUAUGGAACUCUCUUCCAGCUCUUGCUUAUGGAACUCUCUUCCAGCUCCUUGCUUAUGGAAUUCUUCCAGCUCCUUGCUUAUGGAACUCUCUUCAGCUCCUUUUUUGCUUAUGGAACCUCUUCCAGCUCUUUGCUUAUGGAACUCUUCCAGCUCCUUGCUUAUGGAACUCUCUUCCAGCUCCUUGCUUAUGGAACUCUCUUCCAGCUCCUUGCUUAUGGAAUUCUCUUCCAGCUCUUGCUUAUGGAACUCUCUUCCAGCCUUGCUUAUGGAACUCUCUUCCAGCUCCUUGCUUGGAGCUCUUUCUCUUCCCAGCUCCUUGCAUAUGGAACUCUCUUCCAGCUCUUUUUGCUUAUGGAACUCUCUUCCAGCUUAUGGAACUCUCUUCCAGCUCCUUGCUUAUGGAACCUCUUCCAGCUCCUUGCUUAUGGAACUCUCUUCCAGCUCCUUGCUUAUGGAACUCUCUUCCAGCUCCUUGCAUAUGGAAACUCUUCCAGCUCUUUGCUUAUGGAACUCUCUUCCAGCUCUUGCUUAUGGAACUCUUCCAGCUCUUUGGAACUCAUCCAGCUUUCCUUAUGGAAAAUGGAACCCAGCUCCUUGUUUAUGGAACUCUUCCAGCUCCUUUGCUUAUAAAAUUCUCUUCCAGCUCCUUGCUUAUGGAACCUCUUCCAGCUCCUUCUCUCCAGCUCUUGCUUGGAAUUCUCUUCCAGCUCUUUUGCUUAUGGAACUCUCUUCCAGCUCCUUGCUUAUGGAACUCUCUUCCUGCUCUUUGCUUAUGGAACUCUCUUCCAGCUCCUUGCAUAUGGAAUUUCCAGCUCUUCCAGCUCCUUGCUUUAAAAUUCUCUUCCAGCUCCUUGCUUAUGGAACUCUCUUCCAGCUCCUUGAAUAUGGAACUCUCUUCCAGCUCCUUGCUUAUGGAACUCUCUUCCAGCUCCUUGUUUAUGGAAUUUUUCUCUUCCUCUUCCAGCUCUUUGCUUAUGGAACUCUCUUCCAGCUCCUUGCUUAUGGAACUCUUCCAGCUCCUUGCUUAUGGAACCUCUUCCAGCCCUUGCUUAGGAACUUUCUUCCAGCUCCUUGCUUAUGGAACUCUCUUCCAGCUCCUUAUGGAACUCUCUUCCAGUUCCUUGCUUAUGGAAUUCUCCUUCCUUAUGGAAUUCCUUCCAGCUCCUUGCUUAUGGAACUCUCUUCCAGCUCCUUGCUUAUGGAACUCUCUUCCAGCUCCCUUGCUUAUGGAACUCUCUCCAGCUCCUUGCUUAACCCCUCCAGCCCUUGCAUAUGGAACUCCCUCUUCCAGCUCUUUGCUUAUGGAACUCUCUUCUCCAGCUUUAUGGAAUUCUCUUCCAGCUUAUUGCUUAUGGAACUAUCUUCCAGCCUUGCUUAUGGAACUCUUUCCAGCUCCUUGUUUAUGGAACUCUUCCAGCUCCUUGCUUAUGGAACUCUUCCAGCUUCCUUAUGCUCCUUGCUUGCAUAUGGAAUCUCUCUUCCAGCUCCUUGCUUAUGGAACUCUCUUCCAGCUCCUUGCAUAUGGAACUUUAUGGAAAUUCUUCCAGCUCUUUGCUUAUGGAACUCCUUUGCUUAUGGAAUUCUCUUCCAGCUCCUUGCUUAUGGAACUCUCUUCCAGCUCCUUGUUUAUGGAACUCUCUUCCAGGAACUCCCCUUGCUUAUGGAAUUCUCUUCCAGCUCCUUGCUUAUGGAACUCUUCUCCAGUGCUUUGCUUUCCUGCUCUUCCAGCUUUGCUUAUGGAACUCCCUCUUCCAGCUCUUUGCUUAUGGAACUCUCUUCCAGCAUGCUUUAUGGAAUUCUCUUCCAGCUCUUGCCUUGGAACUUAUGGAACUCUUCCAGCUCCUUGCUUAUGGAACUCUUCAUCCAGCUUAUGAAUCUUUUCCAGCUUGUUUAUCUUGCUUAUGGAAUUCUCUUCCAGCUCUUGCUUAUGGAACUCUCUUCUCCUUGCUUAUGGAAUUCUUCCAGCUCCUUGCUUAUGGAACUCUCUUCCAGCUCCUUGCUUAUGGAACUCUCUUCCAGCUCUUUUUAA